AUGGCCGACGAAUAUGUUUCGUUGUAUCGCCAAACUCUCGCAAGACGUCAACGCCUAUACGAGGCGGCAAUAUCGACAGGCGGGUACACUCCCUUUCUCUGUCCAUGGGAUUCACUACCAGCCUUAUAUCUGUUCCUUGCUAUAGCAUUCACCCCCAGACUUUCUCCCAAGCUGGCCAAAGCUGUCCGAUAUAUCACUUUCGUUAUCAUUCUCUCUCAGGGAAUCUACACGGUAUGUCAUCGCCGCACACUCUGGAUUGGUGCUGGCUAUGGGAUUGGAUUAUUGACUGCCUGGGGCGUCAUCAUGGCUGGAGCUCUUCUCUUGUGCAACAAUGUGGCGCGAGAUUUCAGAAGGCUGGAAAUGCGAGCACUCAAGACCGAGACUGCAGCUUCCGACCGGACCAGGUCCGCAGCAUUAUCUUGGUCAACCGACCUAAGUCAGGGUGUUGCCAUGACAAACCGGAAGGUGGCCAAUGUGCAUCCAUCCUCCGAUACCAAGCAGAUCUUCCCUGAGAAGCCUCCCUCACAAUCAUACGAGUUGGUAUGGACGGGAUUCCCUUACAAUUCGGGCUGGUUCCAUGUCACUGACUGGACGGUCGACUUGAUAACGAGUUUUCGAGCCGUGGGCUGGCAACAUCGCAUCCCAACAGUAGGGCCUAUUGAUCCUUCCAUACCGCGCGACACAUCUGAAGUGGUGUCUACCAUUAGAGUUAGCAAUGACAAAAGCCGGGCCCUGCAAUGGAGGGCGUUACGAGGUUUCGUCACAACCUAUCUCGUUGUCGAUUUUCUGAAGACGGUCAUGAUUACAGACCCGUACUUUAUGGGCCUGACGCCACUGGAGUCGCCGUCACCCUGGCCGUGGCUUGCUCGGGCCAAUGAUAUUAUCCCUAUCGCAACACGCUGGGUCAGAAGUUGGACUACCCUGUUCGCGGUGGUGUUUGCGUUGCAGUUUAUUUUCAGCCUGAGCCCACUGUUCUUCGCCACUAUCCUUCCAGCCCUUGUCGAUGUAACAAAGAUUACGAAGGCGCCUCUUCUGGAACCAUGGAUGUAUCCGAAUUACUGGCAGCGACUAUCGACCUCGGUCAUGUACUCGGGCCUGGCAGGGUUUUGGGGCAAAUGUUGGCACCAGAUGUUUCGGUUUGCCGUCUCAGAGCCGUCGAGAGUCUUGGUUGAGAAGUUGCAUUUGAAUCCCCGUGGCCAGGCUGCUCGAACCAUUCAGCUUCUGAUGGCAUUCACGCUGUCCGGAUCAAUCCACGCGAGUGCUAGCCACACCGCAUUCUCUUUGGUCGUCUCUCGUCCCUUCUCUGGCGCGUUGUUGUACUUUUUCCUACAGGGCGUUGGCAUCCUCGUACAAUCCUUCGUGGUCAAACUCUUACAAAGACACGUUCCGUGGGUCAAGAAACUUCCGCUAGCGGUUCGGCAGACAGUUAACGCGCUGGUUGUGGUAACUUAUCUUUACUUCACAGGGCCAUUAUUGGUCAACGACUUUGCAGCAUGUGGGCUAUGGCUCUACGAGCCUGUCCCAAUCAGCUUUUUCCGUGGGUUAGGGUUUGGACCGGGCGGAAAGGAUGAAGGCUGGUGGACGUGGAAUCAGGAAGGAUCACGAUUCAUCGGGUUGUGGAAAGGCGACAGAUGGUGGAAGAGAGCAGUGGCGAUAUACUAG